AUGGCGACUCCUCCCGCGCCUGUGCCCGUCCAGUGCUUCGGCCGCAAGAAAUCGGCCGUGGCCGUCGCCUACGCGCGUCCCGGCAAGGGGCUCGUCAAGCUCAAUGAGGAGCUUGCGCAGCAGCAGCAGCAGCAGCACCAGCACGGCAGCAGCACAGCAUCAGCAGCAGCAGUAGCAGCAACACCAGCAGCUGCAGCAGCAAUUCCAGCGGCAGCAACAGCAGCAGCAUGGCUAGUCAAGCUCUGGCAUAGAAGCGACGGCCCGGCAACCCGCGUGCUCGUGGGAGCGAGCAGCUGGCAGCAGCUCACACCAGCCGUCCGUCCCUGCAUGCUGCCUCCCGCAGGCAUCCCCCUUGAGCUGGUCCAGCCCGAGGCGCUGCGCUACAAGGCCUUUGAGCCGCUGCUGCUGCUGGGCAAGUCCCGCUGGGGCUUCCUCGACAUCCGGCUGCGCGUGAAGGGCGGCGGCCACGUCAGCCAGAUCUAUGCGAUCAGGCAGGCGAUCUCCAAGGCGGUGGUGGCGUACUACCAGAAGAACGUGGAUGAGCAGACCAAGGGGCAGGUGAAGGACGUGCUGCUGCAGUACGACCGCACCCUGCUGGUGGCCGACCCCCGCCGCGCGGAGCCCAAGAAGUUCGGUGGCCGCGGCGCCCGCGCCCGGUUCCAAAAGUCGUACCGUUAG